UCUAAUAAAAACUUCUAUCUCAUCAUUCAUGAACAUGAUGAAAAGGGAAAUUUUCUUUUUCAACUUAAAAAAUAGAAAAUUGAGUAACUUCCCUUUUUAGAAUGUCAAUAAAUUGAAAAAUGUGGCUGUUUUUAACUGAUGUGAUGGUGCCCGAGAAAAUUUGGCCUUAAGGGUAUUUCGGUACUUUUCAGAUAUAGAAGAAAAGAUCAAAGAUUAUUUUUUCAAAGGAUAUAGUUACAGACUUAUACAUUAUUUGAUCCAAAGAAGAUUUAAUUGUAAUGUAAGUUACAAUCAGCUUAAAAGGAAGAUAAUUCCUGGAUUGGGAUUACGACGUAGGGGUGCAAAUAUUAACUUAGAGGAACUUUUUAAAGCUGCACAGAGAGAAGUUCAGAAUGGAUGUUCUGGAUCUGAAAACCUGAGAAGGACUUUGAAAAUGAAAUUUCAUUGGAAUAUUACCAGAUGUAUCUCAAGAGACAUGGUGAGGCUUUUAGAUGAAGAUGGUGUAAAAAGGAGAAAACAGAGAAGACUGAGAAGGAGACAAUACUUUAGUAAGGGUCCUAAUUUUGUGUGGCAUCUAGAUGGAUACGACAAGCUCAAGCCCUAUGGAAUUAGUAUCCAUGGAUGUAUUGAUGGAUUUUCUCGGAGAUUAAUAUGGCUUAACGCAGAUAUAACAAACAAAAGGCCAGAGGUGAUUGCUGAAUAUUAUUUGAAUGCUGUAUAUGACCUUGAAGGUUGUCCUCAAAGACUAAGAGCAGACCCAGGAACUGAAAAUGGAAUUAUUUCAACCUUCCAUGCUUUUCUCAUAGGAAAUUCUAAUGCAGUAACUCUGGGAAGCUCCACCUCAAAUCAGAGAAUUGAGAGAUUUUGGGGUCUGCUGCGACAAAUGAAAGCAGAUUUUUGGAUACAUCAUUUCAAGGGAUUGAUAUAUGAGGACUUGUUGAAGACGGGAAACCAUUUACACAUAUUAUGCAUACAGUUUGUAUACCUACCCAUCAUAAAGAAAGAUAUCAAAGAGCUCAUGGAUUUAUGGAACAACCACGCAAUUCGAAAACAAAAAUUAGGAGAUACUAUCCCAGGAAUCCCAGAAGUGCUGUAUCAAAAUCCAGAAAUAGUUGGUUCAUCUCAACAUGUGCAUGUGAUUGAUAAAGAUAUUGUCCCUCACUUGCAGAGACUUGUUACAAACAACUAUAAGCAGAUAGACAGACAUUUUAUUGAGGUUGCCUCUUCUAUCCUGGAUUUUUACGAACUGCCACAUCCUGAGAGUUUAUCUGACUGGAGAAGUGCUCGUCAUUUGUACAUAUUUCUAAGCAAUUGUAUAUCACAAAUCGUAAUUUAAAAUUUUUUUUGAUCCUGAUAUUUUGAGCGUAUUUUGCGCAGGUCCUUUAUUCAUAAAAUUAAGCAUCAUUUUUAGGUUCCUACAAUAAAACUGAAUUCUAAAAUGUAAAUUAAAAUAUAUUCAAUGAAAAAACUGCGAUUAAAUUCCAUUCAAGCUAGGGACUAUAUUUUGUGGCGGAAGGUUUUUUAGACAAAAAUGGUCACUUGUUUCCAUUUGAACUAUAACAGUACUGUUAAUUUUGGAUGCCUAUUUUUCCAUGCUGGUUGCACACAAAGCUGUUUUUUGCAGUGAAAUAUGUUAUGCUGGUUCUGAAAUAUGUCUUAAAUUAUUUCUUAUGAAUUCUAUCAACAAAGUGUGACAAACAUAGUAAAUAUAUUCUGAAAAUAUGGGAAAAAAUUGAGCCAACUUCAGCUAAAAAUUCACAAUUUUUUAGUAAUAUCUGAAAAUUUUUAUCAUGUACCCCCACUUUUGAUAUUCUUUUCUAGAUAUUCAAGAUAACUUGUACCUUUUUGCUUAAAAUCAGAAAGAGUUUAAGACUUUGAAAUGAUUUUCUUGCUUAUUAUAUUUUCAAUGCCGGAAAAAUAGCAUUUUAUUAGUGCAGAAAUGUCAAAUUAUUGAUUAUGCGAAGCAAUUAGAAUUUUUUUCUUAGUCACAAUUUUUAAGUAUAUCUUUUUAAACAGACUAAGAGUUCAUUUUGUUUCAUGCUUUAAUUGGAUAAAAAUAUUGGAGGGAAAACGUCACAGAUGUAAUUUUUAAUUUAGCCACAAAUUUCAGUGCAGAAAGGUCAUAUUAAAUGUACUGUAUCGCUAAAAGAAGCAUAUUGACCCCCAUUUUUUGAUUUGAAUUUUAAUUAAGCUAUGCAUGUAGGAACUAAAAAUAUACUUGGCAAAAAAAGUUUAAGACUUUAAUUAUCAGGAUCAUACGUCGUUAAAUAAAUGGUCACAACUACAGUACUACUACUAUAUAUUUACCCAAAUAGUGUUCAGGUUCUUCAUAUCAUUGGUCUUAGCUGCAUGCUGCUUUUCUUUUUUCAUUUUCUUGCUUAUGUGAAAUAAGAUUUUUUUUAUGCUACCUAUUGUCCAUCCAUCUUUUAUUUCUGUGCACAAGAUCUAAAAAA